AUGGCGGAGAAUGAUACUCAUACUCAUGAUGAAUUGAUUUCGCAGUUUUGCGGAAUUACCAAUGUUUCGCCAUCAGAGGCCCAACAAUUUCUUACCGCAAGUCAAUGGGAUUUUGCAGGAGCUAUGUCGGAAUAUUUCACUUCUUACGAAGAAGAACACCCAACAGCAGCUACAUGGCACAGAGAAGAAGAAAGUCCACCACCACCACCUUACACUGGUCCAAGAACUCUUGAUGGUAGACCUGCUCCCGAUAAUGGUAAGCAACCGGCAAAACCAUCAGGUACCUCCGGCAGAGCUGGAGGACGUGGAGGCAUCGCAACUCUUGGAUCUUUGAAUCAAAGCUCUUCUGGUCAUGGUGCUCGUAUGGACGAUGAUGAUUCCGACGAUCCAAGUUAUACGCCGGAUGACGAGCCAAGAGAUUUAUUUGCUGGUGGUGAAAAGUCAGCUUUGGCCGUUCAAGAUCCGUCGAAGAAGAACGAUGCGAGAAAGAUUGUUGGUGAUAUCCUUAAGCAAGCCAAAGCAAAUAUCAGAGACAGAGACAACGGAGACCCACCUCCAGCGGCAGGACCUUCUCGAUUCAGUGGCAGUGGUCAAACGCUCGGUGGUGACGACGCCCCUUCUCAAGUGAUCCCCGAUCCUCAUCCCCCAUCAACUACUUCUCAGAAUCCGUCAAGAAUCUUACACCUUUGGGAGAAUGGAUUCAGUGUUGAAGAUGGCCCACUUCGUCGCUUCGAUGAUCCGCAAAACGAGCAAGACCUUCAGUUGAUUCAAAACGGUCGUGCUCCUCUUCACCUGAUGAAUGUUAGACCAAACCAAACUGUGGAUGUUCAUUUGCACAAACAUGAUGGACCUUACAAGGCUCCACCCAAAGUCUAUAAACCCUUUGGUGGAUCGGGCCAGCGACUUGGUAGUCCUACACCAGGGGGAUCCUCAAGUUCUACGGCUACACAAGCUUUUACCUCAGCACCAGCACCAAUACCCGCUUCAACAACGAGCCAAGAGGUUCAGAUUGAUGCUUCGCAACCGACACUUAACCUUAGAAUUCAACUUGCAAACGGCACGCGUAUUCCCGCUCGAUUCAAUGCCACGCACACAGUCGGCGAUGUAUAUGAUUUUAUUGGAAGAGCAUAUCCUGGAAGUAACGAGCGCGCUUGGGUACUAGCAACGACGUUCCCAAACAAAGAACAUACCGAGAAGAAUCAGGUUUUGGGUGAAAUGUCAGAAUUCAAGAGAGGUGGCACAGCCGUGCAGAAAUGGACUUGA